AUGCCGAACCACCCCUUUACAUUGGCAGAAGGCCAGCCAGUCGCAGAUCCCGCUGUCAGCACCACGUUGCCUAUUUAUGGCGGCGGCGGCCUGACAACACUGGGUGACACACUUCUCCUGGAGACGCUUGCGCACUUUAACCGCGAACGUAUUCCUGAAAGAGUUGUCCAUGCUAAAGCGGCGGGUGCUUGGGGAGAAUUCGAGGUGACAAAUGACAUUUCUUCCCUCACCUCCGCCAAGUUCCUCAACGGUGUGGGAAAAAGAACUCCUGUUCUGUUCCGUCUCAGCACUACUGGCGGCGAAAAGGGUAGUGCGGACACUGUCCGUGAUGUACGUGGCUUUUCGGUCAAGUUCUUCACGGAAGAGGGUAACCAUGACAUUGUAGGAAACCACAUUCCUGUGUUCUUUGUUCGCGAUCCUAUCAGGUUUCCUUCUCUCAACCGAAGUCACAAGAGACAUCCUUCUACCAAUCGGCCGGAUUGGACUAUGUUUUGGGACUUCCAUGCGAAUCAGCCGGAAAGUGUUCAUGCUUUGAUGCACCUUUUCGGUUCCCGGGGUAUCCCUGAUUCUAUCCGUCGAGUGACAGGUUUCGGUGUCCAUACCUUCAAGCUGGUGUCAGCCGAUGGUGGCUUCCGCUACUGCAAGUUCCAUUUCCGGCCCACCCAGAAUAUCACGCACUUCUCUGACCAGCAAGCUUCUCGCAUGGCUGGAGCAAACCCCGACUUUCACAAUCAGGAUUUGUGGGAUGCUAUUGCCCGGGGAGACUUGCCGGUCUGGAAACUUUAUGUGCAGGUGAUGGAGCCCGAGCAGGCUGAAACCCACGGCCGUGCGCUGUUUGAUAUUACCAAAGUUUGGCCGCACAAGGACUUCCCCUUGAUUGAAGUUGGUCAAAUGACUCUCAACAAGAAUCCCGAGAACUACUUUGCCGAGAUCGAGCAAGCUGCAUUUUCGCCUUCUAACAUGGUUCCUGGAAUUGCGAUGACACCAGAUCCUAUGUUGCAGGCACGCAUGUUCGCUUACCCAGACGCUCAAAGAUACCGCCUUGGAGUGAACUACACCCAGCUUCCGUCAAAUCGUGCGAUUUGCCCUGUACACGCGCCAUUCGAACGCGAUGGUAGAGGGACCAUGACCCGAAACUAUGGUGGUGAGCCAAACUAUGUGCGAAACUCAUUGGGCAGUGGCAUCUCGAGCCAGACUGUUUCCAACGUACGACACACUGAGCGCAUUUCCCAGAAUGCUAUGCUGGGCCAGAACGAGAUCGUGGUUGAUGAUGAGGAUUUCAUCCAGCCACGAGAGUUGUGGAACAAGGUCUUCGACGAGGCGGAGAGAAGACAAUGGGUGUCAAAUUUGUCGGAGACUUUGGAAGGAGUGCCUGAUCACCUCAAAGACGCUGUCAUCGCCAUGUUCAGCAAGGUUGAUCCCCGUAUCGGUCAAUUGUUAGAGGUUAAGGCCAAGAACAAUUCCCGUCUUUAG